AUGGCAAGGAUGAGAGUGGCGGUGGUGGGCGCGGGCAUCAGCGGGCUGACAGCCACCAAGUGCUGCCUGGAUGAAGGGCUGGAGCCCACCUGCUUCGAGCAGAGCCAGGACAUCGGCGGGCUCUGGCGCUACACGGAGCACAUCGAGGCCAGCCGGCCAAGCCUCUACCCAUCGGUCAUCAGCAACACCUCGAAGGAGAUGUCAGCAUUCUCCGACUUCCUCUACCCUGAGGACUUCCCAGUGUUUCUGCCCAACGCCCGGCUCCUGGACUACCUCCGGCGCUAUGCCAAGCAGUUUGGCAUCGGGGAACACAUCAAGUUUGGGACCACUGUUGUCAGCAUCCGGAAACGCCCUGACUUUGCUACCACGGGCCAGUGGGAUGUAGUUACGGAGGCGGAUGGGAAGCAGAUGUCGCACAUCUUCGAUGCUGUUAUGGUUUGCAGUGGCAAUCUCUAUGAGCCAUCCCUGCCCCUGCACUGUUUUCCCGGCAUCGAGAGGUUUCAAGGCCAGUACUUUCACAGCCGGCAGUACAAGCACCCCGACAUGUUUCAGGGGAAGCGCGUCCUCGUGGUCGGCAUGGGCAAUUCCGGAGUAGACAUCGCGGUGGAGGCCAGCCGCGUAGCCGCAAAGGUGACUGUUAGCACCAGCCGAGGUGCCUGGGUGCUUAGCCGUGUGUUUCAGCAUGGCUACCCAUGGGACAUGGUUUUCAACACUCGCCUUAUGAACCUGAUCAGAAAUAGCCUCCCCGGACCCCUUUCACGUGGGUUGGUUAACUACAUGGUGAACCAGUACUUCAAUCAUGAAAACUAUGGCCUUCAACCAGAGAAGAGCUGCCUGAUGCGCGAGCCCGUGCUGAACGACGACCUUCCAAGCUACAUCCUGACGGGGAGGAUCACCAUCAAGCCAGGCGUGAAGGAGUUCAAGGACAACUCAGUUGUUUUCCACAGUUGCCCUGAAGAGGAGCCCAUCGAUAUCAUUGUCUUCUGCACGGGCUACAACGUCUCCUUCCCAUUCCUUGAAGAAGCAGACGUCAAGGUGGAAAACAAGCACGCAUCCCUCUACAAAUAUGUGUUCCCGACCCACCUGCAGAGGCCCACCCUGGCCGUCCUUGGGUUGAUCAAGCCAUUAGGAGCCAUCAUGCCCGUGACAGAGAUGCAAGCACGCUGGGUGACUCGCAUCUUCAAAGGCUUGUGUUGGUUGCCUCCUCAGUCUGUCAUGGAGAAGGAAGUAAAUGAGACGAAAAAGAUCCGAGUGCGAUGGUUUGGUCUGUCCUUUGAUGAAGUCCUCAAAACCGACUGGCUGGUCUACAUGGACGAGCUCGCCUCCUUCAUCGGUGCCAAGCCCAGUGUGCUGGGGCUGCUCUGCAGAGAUCCCUGGCUGGCCCUCACCAUUUUCUUCGGCCCCUCCACCCCCUCCCAGUACGGGCUGGUGGGCCCUGGGUGCUGGGGAGGGGCACGGCGAGCCAUCCUCACCCAGUGGGACCGGACCUUGAAGCCCACAAGAACACGAGUCCCUGCUGGCUCCUCCAGCCCCUUCCCUUCUUUCCUGAUUGUGAUGGGGUUCCUCCUGCUCCUGGCUGCCAUAGUUUUUGCUUUCCAGUAG